AUGCAGCCUGAAAAUAGCCACCAAGACCCAGCCGCGGGCUUGGGCACCAACACAAACAUCGCGCCAUCAAUGGGCUACUCCUACAUAGGCAACCCUACCUCACCAUUCACUGCUACUCGCAACAGCUACGGCUAUACUACCAUUGACGCUCAGCCUGGCGCACCAGCUCAGAACCAAACCGGUUCCAUGGGCACCGGCACCACACGUCACUACAUGCCAUCAGUCAGCGGUGGCAUGAACCUCUAUCAACCUCUCCCACUCAAUAGCACCGUCUAUACUCACCAAAAAGAUGACGACAGCUACCAGCAGCAUCCGGCCAGCCAGCUCGAUGACAUGCAUGUGCCGUCCUAUGCAAGCUACACCGGUGUCAACGGCACACCACCAUACGGUACUCCCCCCUCAGACCUCAACACACACUUCGGCGACCCAGAAGAGGGCAACUUCAUUCCCUUCGACUACCAUCAGCUGCCCCGCGACUUCACCCGCUCUUCGCCGUCAUCACUUCACAUCCACGGUUUCGACUCCAGUACUUCAUAUGCGCCAGGCUCAUCCGAGACGGAGCAUGGUGAGCCUGUUGCCAUUGACACCCAUCAGCCAUUGCCUUCCUCUGCGAACAAGCGUAAGAUUGCGCAGCCACGUGCUCGACGUCCAGUGCAGAAGAACUUCACGCCACCCUCAUCUUCGGCCUCGCGGACACCACCUCUAGAGCAUGUCCAUGAGAUCUCACCUCCUCGCGGCUCAUCUAGACUCAUCUACAACGGCUUUGCAGAUGCUGAGGCCAAAGCCUACAACCGCAGCCGCUUGAACAUUGGUGGCGACGACUGGCACCACAUCAAGAACAACCCAGCCGAGCAUGUUGAGAAGCUCGUAGCUGCAUUCGACCUUCCUUACGGCGAUGUGCCAGAGUACCACCAACUGUCCGACGCUGACCAAGAACAGUGGAUCUCAUACCAAGAAGCGCACAUGGAGAAGAUGAACAAGUUCUCACCUGAGCAGAUCGAAGCUUCCUGCUGGGUCCUUCUCAAGAACAUCAUCGAAGCGCACGAGAUCGGCGUCAAGCGUCUCCGCUACCACCGUAGCGACUACAUCGAGAAGUGCUCCACUCACGUCGAAAGGAUUGCCGAGGCCAUCGCUCUCUACGCCGUCAUCCGUUUCGAUGUCGUCCGCCUGCAGCGAUUCGAUGAGCUUGUGUCGACCACCAGCAGCGCUAUUCAGCGCAAGAUCUCUAACUUCAAGGGCAAUUGGGGCAAAACCAAGAGAGAGCUCGAGAACGAUGAGCGCGCUAAGGAGGUCGGCUUCGAGUACAAGAAGGUGCUUGGAGAGAAGAAGCGCAAGGCUGAUGAUGAGGUCGCGCCACCAAAGGCCAAGCGCCGCAGCACGAAGAACGUCUCCGACCUCUACCAGCGCAUUGAGGCGACCUUGGAGGGCGGCCAGUGUUUGUUUCCGAGUUUGGACGACUGGGGCAUUAAGAUACCAUCAAUCUCGCGAGCGGCUUACCGCAGAAAAACAAUUGUACUCAUAUUGCGCGAUUUCAUCCCUCAACUCCGCGACGAGGCACAAUCUCUGCUCAUUGUAUCUUAUCCAAGAGCCGCUAUGGUGGACAUCAGCUCGGAAAUUGCUUGUGUGAAUAUCAAGGUGGACAAAUGCUGCUCACCUGAAUGGCUGGAAAUCUUCAGGCCUCUCGAUCUUUGUCCGAUUCUGCUGAUGUGCAAGCAGAGAAAGAGCGAUCAAGCAUGCCCAGUAGCUUCACAUUACGCAGAGACGGCUCCAUGGCAAGAUAACGAGCGCAGAGCUAGAUUGAGACGACGGCACGAGGGCGUGCCAAUUUCUUUUGAUGCCGGCGGACUCUUUGCUCUAACGCAACGCUCGCCACCAGGAGAGCCCAAGGGCAGCACUGAGUCUUUCACGUCAGAUUUUGGCGAUGCUUGCUCGUAA